UUAUCGUUGAUCGAUAACUUCGCUGCUGGUCAGCUGGCAACGCUCUUCUUGUUUUGGUCGUCAGUUCUAGAAAAUUUGCAUUUAUUUUCGAACUGGACAACAAUAAGACGUUGUUUACGGACACACACUCAGUGAAGACGGAGAGAGCAGUGCGGACACUUGUGCUACUUAAUCGGAAACCACACAUUCACUGAAAACCACAUCGCAAUGGAGCACAAGAAGAAUGUCGAGAACAAGCCCAUCCGCAAGGAGAUUAUUAAUCCGGGAAACGCUUACAUUGAGCUUACGCCUGGAACACGGGUGAAGUUCCACUUCCAGACGCGCACAGCCCAUGAUGCACGGAUUGUGGAUGACAGCAGGAAGAUGGACAAACCGAUGGAACUGGUCCUAGGCAAGAAAUUCAAACUGGAGGUCUGGGAAGUGAUUGUACAGCAGAUGUCCCUCAACGAGGUGGCCAAAUUUACGGUCCACAAGUCGCUAUGUCCCCAGUAUCCUUUCAUAUCAAAGACAUUGCGGGACAUUGGAAAGAAGCCCGAGGAACGACGUCGCUGCUGUGGCAUGACACUGCAAAACGAGGGCAUUGGCUAUCCCGAUUUGGAUGCCUUGUUGCAGCAUCCUGUGGACCUGGAGUUCAUCAUAGAACUGAUCUCGAUUGAGCUGCCCGAACAGUACGAAAAAGAGCGCUGGCAAAUGUCCGACGACGAGAAAAUGCUGGCCACCAACACACUGAGGGAGCGGGGCAAUGGUUUCUACAAAUCAAAUCGGUAUACCGAUGCAGAGACCUGCUAUCGCGAGGCCGUCGGCAUUGUCGAGCAGCUCAUGCUCAAGGAGAAGCCACACGAUGGUGAAUGGAAGGAGCUGGCGGCCGUCAAGACACCAUUGCUGCUCAACUAUGCCCAGUGUCGUCUCAUUGCUGGUGACUUUUAUGCCGUCAUCGAGCACUGCAACGAGGUUCUGAAUCUGGAUCCACGCAAUGUGAAGGCACUGUUCAGGAGGGCCAAGGCACAUGCUGGUGCCUGGAAUCCGAUGCAGGCACGUCGAGAUUUCAUUGACGCACUGGCUCUGGAUAGCAGCCUCAAGUCGACGGUGGCCAAGGAGCUGAAAUCGAUUGAAGAACAGCAGCAGGCACGCAACGUUCAGGAUCGGAUUCACAUGCAGAAGCUCUUCUAGAAUAUAAGUUGUGCGAACCUCCUGCUAAUGCUCCUGGUCUAUUGGAGCAACUAUGAGACCUGUUGCUAACAGUUAGCCGAACCCUCAAUUUUCACCAUCCUAGGACGCAGCCUAUUUGUACCUUUAUUCUCGCUGGCCAACCUGUUGCUCAGCUGCUGGGUCCUCUACAAGUCGAUGCGGACGAUGAGGCAGAGACGUAUACGGGCGAUAUGGUGAGACAGAGAGAGAGAGAGUGUUCAUUGCAUUUCGGAAAAGUUUAGGUUUCUCCGCACAAAGCCAUUCAUUCAUUCACUCUGGACUUUAAAUUAAGUAAAAAGAUCGCUGAAGCCUAAAGCCUAAGGCCUCCUCCUCUAAAAAAGUAAUUAGCAAAGAGUUGGACUAUGUUUAUGAUUAUUAUAUGUGUCUGUGUAUAUUACAAAUAGUUUAUAAGUUGUUGCUCUUCGUAGCGUUUACCAAAAUGAAAAUGAAAAAAA